AUGAAUUUUACCAGUGCGAAUAUCGCCAGUAUCAAGCAAAUCAGAGGACCGGUUGCUGUAAGAGAAGCCAACUCCAGCAGGAGCUUCCAAGAACAAGAGGUUGGCCACAGAGUUCCAUGUGAACUUGUUAAGGUACACUGGAGAGACUUUGCUGUCCAUUAUAAGGAAGCUGGUUGUGUUGAGAUGAUCAGGAGGGAUUUAUUUACUUCUCAUUGGAAAUCAUACUUUGAACGUACAAAUGGUUUUAAACCAUGCUAUGAAGGAGGUACUGAUGGAGGAGAGAGGAUGUUGAACGAUGACGGAUGCACUACUACACCAUUGACAGAUGCAAUAGAGAAAAAUUUGAGAUGUGCAUGGCAGAAGUGCGCUCUAAUGGCAUGGCCAUUAAUUAGACACCAACCAGGAAAGAAAGAUCCAACUUUCUUAACAAGGGAAGGGAUUGAGACAACUCGAGUGUGGGAUCAAACUAGUAUUCAAGGAGUAGUUGAGUUGGCAAAGCAAGAGAGGACAGGUAACAAAUCCGUGCAUGGGAAUGUUUUUGGUGACGCUGCUAUAAGUAAGAGUCUUGAACAUCACAGACUUCUACCGCUGGAGGCCAAAUUCAGUUUGUUUGUUAAGGAUGUUUACCAAAAGAAGGAUGAGAUGGAAAUUAUAAACUUGUCAUCAAAUUCCAAUUGCAAUGCUCCUAAUCGUGCUAAGACAUGUUUAAUUUUCAUUCAAUUUGACAGUGGAAAGAUUGCAUGGAGUGUGUCAAUGUUGGUCUUGGCUGGUAAUGGAAUUUCAUCAAAGUAUGGUUGUGUGAGCUAUUCAUCAUCUUACCUUCGGAUGAGUAGGCUUCGGGGCAGUAACAAUGGUUCUUUAAUUACAACAUUUGUUUUCUUCUGA